AUGGACCCCACCACCACCGUCGACCCGAACAACAUCCUCAGCGCCAAAGGCCUAGUCGUCGCCAUCACCGGCGGCGGUAGCGGCAUCGGCCUCGCCAUGGCCUCGGCCAUCGCCCAAACCGGCGCCAAACGCAUCUACCUCCUCGGCCGACGCGCCGACGUGCUCUCCACCGCCGCCGCGACCCUCAACGCCAAAGUCUCAUCGUCCACCGACAACCCCAUCGUCAUCGCCCUCCCCACCGACGUCACCUCCCGCGCCUCGGUCGCCGCCGCCGCCGCGCGCAUCGAGCGCGACGUCGGCCACCUCGACGUCCUGAUCAACAACGCCGGCAAGACGGGCCCGCCGAACAAGGCGGCGCUGGAGGCGGCGAGCGUGGCUGAGCUGCAGGAUGUGCUGUUGACGGGGUUUGCGGAUGGAAACGAUGGUGGCGAUGGCGAAUGGCUCGACACGCUGCGCGUCAACACGGCGAGCGUGGCACUCGUGUCGGCGGCGUUUUUGCACCUGUUGGACGCGGGGAACGCGCGGCGGGGGUGGGAGGCGGGGAGGGUGGAGGGGGGGAGGACGAGGGGCCGGGGGAAGGUUGAGGCAGGUGGGGGAGAGGUUGAUGGGGGCGAUUUGAGGCUCAGUCAGAUUGUGACGGUGGCGAGUAUUGCGGGGUUCAAUCGGCAGGUCACGGCGGGGGUGGCGUACAGCGCGAGCAAGGCGGCGGCGGUGCAUGUGGGGAAGAUGUUGGCGACGUUGUUGGCGCCGUGGGGGGUGAGGAGUAAUGUCAUUGCGCCGGGUGUGUAUCCGAGCGCCAUGACGGGUGAGCACGACCAGGAGUAUCCGAUCAACCAGGUCCCGGCGGGGAGGAAGGGCUCGUUUGACGACAUCACUGGCUUGAUCUUGUAUAUGGUGGGCAAGGGCGGUUCUUACCUCAACGGCUCGGUGCAGGUGACAGAUGGUGGGCGGCUGAGUGGAUUCCCGUCGACUUACUAG